AUGGAGGGAACAGACAACAUCCACGUAGGAGUCCGAGUAAGGCCUCUCAACGACCGAGAACUAAAUGCCAAAGAACAAGCUGUUUGGGUCGUCAACCAAGCAACGCACAGUAUCUCCCAAAUCACCCUGGAUGGAAGACCAGUUCCAGGCUGCGUCUACUCAUUUGAUAGUUUAUUCGAUGCAUCCUCUACUACCGAAACCGUAUACAAUACUAUUGUUCGUGAAAUCAUACACUCUGCCAUGCAAGGCGUCAACGGAACAAUCUUUGCUUAUGGAAUGACGUCUUCAGGAAAGACUCAUACCAUGCAAGGAAGUCCUGAAGAACCCGGUGUCAUUCCCCUGACCAUUGCUGAUAUCUUCAAUACCAUCAUGGCUAUACCCGAACGAGAAUUCUUGUUAAGAAUCAGCUACUUGGAGAUCUACAAUGAAGUCAUAAAGGACUUGCUCAACCCUGAAAACGACAACUUGAAGAUACAUGAGAAUGUUAAUAAAGAGAUUUAUGUUGGUGGUCUGGGUGAAGUUGUAGUAUCGGAAGCUGCUGAUGUGGAGGAAGUCUUGACGCGUGGAGAGAGAAAUCGUCAUAAGGGCGUCACAAACAUGAAUGAGAGGAGUAGUAGAUCACACACCCUCUUCAGAAUGGUCAUCGAAAGUCGAGAGAGAUGUGGCGAUGUUACGAAAGAUGGACGACCUUCCUUAACCGGAGCUGUACGAGUCUCGUGUCUGAAUCUUGUGGAUCUUGCAGGUUCUGAACGUGUAGGACAUACUGGUGCUGACGGUCUACGACUGAAGGAAGGUGCUAUGAUCAACAAGAGUUUAUUGACACUUGGGCUAGUCAUUGGCAAACUAGCUGAUGGGGGCGACAAAGUCCAUAUUCCAUAUCGUGAUUCAAGAUUGACUAGAAUCCUACAGCCUUCGCUGGGUGGGAAUGCACGAACCGCCAUCAUAUGUACAGUCACAGCUGCGAGCAACUAUAGUGAAGAGACCCUUUCUACGCUCAAGUUUGCGAGUAGAGCCAAGACUAUUCGAAAUAGACCAGAAGUCAAUGAGAUGCCUUCAGAUGAGACCCUGCUCAGAAAAUAUCGGGAAGAAAUUGGAGUUCUGAGAAAGCAACUGGAAGAGGUAAAACAUCGAAAUGUAUCACAACCUGUCGUCAAUGCCAUUGUUGAGGAUGCUGGCCAACAAGGAGCUGAAGAGUCAAGAGACCAAUACGAAACGAAACUAGCGGAACAAGAAUCCGAGAAGGCAAGAUUGGUAGUUCAGCUGGAAAAUCUCAAAAAGAUGAUUCUCGAUGCUUCUCAUCUAAAUCUUGAACCACCGCCUGAGAGAGUUAAGAAGGCUAAGCGUCGUCAAACCUGGUUUCCAGGUGUCUCCAGAUCUCAGUCAUCUGAGAAUGAGGCGCGAGGCGGUAUGGUUGCUGCAGAAGGUCAAGCCUCAAGACACGUCGAGUUUGAAGCAAUGUGGAAUGAGAAGAAGAGAAAACUGUCCUUAAAUCCAGAAUCAGAUGUGUCUGCUGCAAAACGUUUCCAUCCUGAACUUGUUGAGUUGAUCGAACGGAACGGAGAUACAUUCACGGCUCUGGAGACCUUACGAACACAAAACGAGCAGAUAGUGAAGAGUAUCAAGAAUCUCAUGUCCGAGGAGACAAAUCGUCGAGAGCUAGUGCCAGAAGUUCAGCCCAUCCAUGACAUUUUGGAGAUAUCUCGAUUGGAAAAUGCUCGAACACAAUACAAUCUUCAGCAAUUGAUGCUUGAGCAUGCAGAGACCGUCGAGUUUGCCAAUUUGGAACAUCAAAUGAUGCUUGAGUCCGCUGAGAGUAGUGAUAGGCAAACUCAAAUGGAACUCGCUCAGUUGCGUGAUAAAGUAGCCCAACUUGAACAAGACCACGAAAUGCAUCAAGCAAAAGAGCAAUCGUGGCAAGAAGCGCACAGCAUAUUAAAGGCAGAGAACGGAAAGUUGCAAGCCCGUACCCAAACCGAAAUCAGAACUCUAACUCAAGACUUGACUAAUGCUAUCUCCAACAUGGCCACUCUCGAAAAGGAGAAAGCACAAUACGAUAAAAUAAAGCAAAAGCUCCAAACGCAAGUAACUGAUUUAACAACGCAGUUAACUGAAAAGACUCAACGAGAACGUCGUGUGCUAGCCGAACACCAACAGCAGAACGAUGAAAUGGCGUUAAUGGAAGCCCAACUCAAGACUGCGCGAGUCAAAUCCAAAGAAUACCAAACACAAUGUGAAGUCUUGGCAUCGGAACUGGAAGAGAUGCGAAGAAUAGAAGCUGAAGAUGGCUGGAAGAUUCAAGCUAAAGCCUUGACGAAUGAUAAGGUCAAGCUGCAACAGGAGAAUGCUGAUUUACAAGUCAGAUAUGAUGAAAUCGUGGCUGAACUUGAAUCAGUCAAGUCCGAAUUCGACACUCAAGUCACUAGUCUCAUUAGCGACAAGUCUACCCUUGAGAAGAACAUUGUUGAUAUAAAUAGUAGGCACGAGGUCACUUUGGCUGAACUUGGAUCAGUCAGCUCUGGAUUGCAGUCUCAAGUCGAGACUCUCUCUAGUGAUAAAUUGUCUCUUGAACAGAAAAUUGUUAACAUAAAUAGUAGUCAUACAGGCGUGGUAGCUGAACUUAGAUCACUCAAUGCUGGAUUGCAGUCUCAAGUCGAGACUUUGUCUGGAGAGAAGUCGGCUCUUGAACAACAGAUUGUUGAUAUAAACAGUAAACACGAUACCAUCGUCGCUGAUCUUGAAUCACUCAACUCUGGACUCCAGUCUGAAGUUGAGACAUUGUCUACUGACAAGUCGACUCUUGAACAGCAGAUUGCUGACAUAAACAGGAAACAUGAAGGAGCUGUCGCUGAUCUUGAGUCCAUCAACUCUGGAUUUCAAUCGCAAGUCGAGACUCUGUCUGAUGACAAGUCGACUCUUGAACAACAGAUUGUUGUUAUAAAUAGUAAACAUGAAAAAAUCGUUGCUGAUCUAGAGUCACUCAACACUGGACUCCAGUCUCAAAUAGAGUCUCUGUCCGAUCUCAAGUCUGCUCUUGAACAACAGAUUGUCGAUAUGAAUAGUAACCACGAAACAAUCGUCGCUGAUCUCGCAUCACUCAACUCUGGACUACAGUCUCAAGUUGCCACUUUGUCUACUGACAAAUCCACACUUGAACAACAGAUCAUGGAUAUAAAUAGCAAUCACGAAGGAGUGGUCGCCGAACUUGUAUCGCUCAAUUCGGGAUUGCAGUCUCAAGUCGAGACUCUGUCUGAAGAGAAGUCGACGAUUGAACAACAGAUUGUGGAUAUAAAUAGUCAACACGAAGCAUUGGUUGCUGAUCUUGAAUCCCUAAAUUGUGGAUUGCAGUCUCAAGUCGAGACAUUGUCUAGAGACAGGUCGACUCUUGAAAAUGCGAUUGCUGAUUUACAAUUCGAACAUGGUGAACACGUCACAGCUUUGACUGACAACAAUCAGAAUCUCCAGAAGCAAUUGGAUGCUCUACAAGCACAAGGCAAACAGAAUCUCGAAGAAUACCAACUCAAGGUGAAAGAGGUUAAGCAAUCUCAUGCAAUCGAGAUCGAAGCAUUGAAUGCUGUUGCUGACGAGGCAAAUCAAUCCUUGAUGAACGCCACAAGUCAGCUCAAAAAUUUGGAAUCUUCUUUGAAUGACCUGACCGUCAUCAAUAAGAAUCACCAAAUCCAGCAGAAAGCUCUUACGGACGAGAUUGCUGCUGUUCAUACCAUUGCUCAAGAAUGGGAAGCUAAAUUCAUAGAAUCGGAUCGAAAGUCACACAAUCUACAGGCUGUUUUGGAACAACGUGGAGCAGAAUUGAAAGCACUUCAAGAAGUUGCCUCUGAAGACAAUCAGAAACUGGUCUCUGCUGUUGAGCGACAUACCGCUCAAGAAUCUAAAUUGAGUGACUUGAUGAAUGUCAUUGCCACUCGUGAAACCGAGUAUGAGAUGAAGUUGGAAUCCGAACGAGAACAAUCUCAAUCUCUUAUGGCCCAAGUCUCUUCACAACAUCAAGCUGAAAUAGAAGUUAGUCGACAAAAAAUUAGUGAACUCGAAGCUCAGAUUGAGGGCCAUGUUGCUCAAAUGAAGUUGGCAAAUGAGAACAUUUCCAAACUUCAACACGAGUGCUCUAGUCUGACUGCCGCUUUGAAUGAAAGCAGAUCAGUGUGUGAUGGCUUAGAAGAAAGAUGUCUCAUCUUGGAUAAUGACUUGGCUUCUCAAAAUGAGACUAUGGCGUCCAGGAUACAAACCCUCAACGCAGAUUUCGACCUGUUGCAGACAGCUCUACUACAGAAACAAGAUGAACUUGCUCAAUCUGCAGCCAUAAAUGAAAAGAUUCAUGCUGAGAUGCGUGCUAACCUCGAAGAAUAUGAGGAGGCUGCUCGUAAAUACCAGAGUGAUGCCGAGAGUCAUCGACGUGAUGCCGACAUCGUCGUAAAGCAGUUACAGCAAAAGAUUCAGGAGAAGGAGGCGGAAAUGCAAGCCAUUCGAGACUCAAUGGAUAAAGAUGCCACUGCGAGACACCAACAAUUGACUGGUUUGGAAUCAGAGUUGGCUAAGGCCCAGGAUUCAUUGGAGCAAGCUCAAGAGACAAUUGCCAAUCUUGAGAGUGAAUAUGAAGCUCUGAUACUGGAACACGAUACCAAGUCUGCUUCGGUCGACGAGCUAGAACAUUGUAUUCAGACCAUCCGUGAUGAUCUCUCUGGUCGUAUUGGAGAACUUGAGAAUGAGGCUACCAAGCAAGCUGCCAAGCAUCUCACAGAAAUUGAGGCGUUGCAAGCUUCCCAGACAGACUUGUUGAGUCAAAAGCAAGCGUUGGAAGAGGAGCUGGAAAUCAUUACCAACGAACGAAAUGAACUUGGUGAGCGAGCUGUCUCGCAACUAGAGUUGAUCGUAUCGGUAGAAAAGGAACGACGUUUAAUCCGCCAAGAGCUUGAUCAAGUCUUGGUUGAGAAGCAAGGUCUUGACCAAAAGUGUACCGAUUAUGAUGAACUGGUUCAAGUCUUGAAGCUUGAAAAGACUGAGAUAGAGAGACUCUUGGAAGACGCAAAGAAGGAGGCUCAAGCAUAUGAGUCCCAAGUGACUGAAGUUGCUGAGCUCUACCUGUCUCAAAAGACUAAGGUUGAAGAAGAAAUCUCGUCGCUACAAACUCAAUUAGGCAAAUCGAGUCAACUUGUCGCAAAUCUUGAAUCCAGACUCUCUGCUUCAAUUGAAGAUAGCGAGUCGCGAUUAUCACAAAUCCAAGCCGAAUCUCGCAAACAAGUAAUGGGACUCGAAACUGCUUUGAAAGAAGCCAAAGCUUUGAGUGAAAGUCAAGCGUUGGAGCUCAACCAGCUUCGUCAACGUACAAAAGAUUUGGAGUCUGAUUUGACUAAAUCUACUGCAGAAGGAAUCGAUGAGCUUGAGGCAGCACGUCAAAAUGUUAGAGAAUUAGAGACACGUAUAGCUGUAUAUCUGGAGGACAGCGAAAAGCAACAAGUGGAAUACGAUGCAAAUGUUGCUGAAGUCAUGUCGCAACUAGCCAGUCUGGAGGAAGAACGUGCUAUAGCCAAUUCACAAUAUGAAGAAGGUCGCAAAGCUCAAAUCGACUUAGAAUCACGAGUGUCCGAACUCACGGCCAACACCCGAGCCUACGAAAGUGCUCUAGACGAAUCACGAGCAAAGAUCGCUGCCUUGACCACGAAACUGUUGUCGGCACGAACAGAUCAAGAAGCAGAUAGACAAGUAAUAGAAGAGUCUCGACAACAAGUAGUAGACUUAGAAUAUAGAGUUGCUUCUGCCGUAGCAGAUAAAGAUGUACAAAUCUUGGAGCUUGAACGCUCUCGACAGCAAAUAGCUGGCCUGGAGUCUCGAUUGUCCUUGACAUCAUCUGAGAGAGAGCGUUUCUCACAAGAAGCCGCCAUGGCACGACACCAAGAGCAACUGUUCGUGCAACUUGAAGAAGACAAAAGACGUGUUGUUAAUGAACUAGCUCAAGUCAAUGAGCAAAUGACUGCUUUGUCAGCUCGAUUGGCUAUCACUACUGCUGAGAAUGAGAGUCUUCAAACUGCUGCUUUUGAUCAACAUCAGAAUUCUGAAUUGAUUGAAAAGCUGAAGGUUGAGAAAGCUCAGAAGGAGGCCGAAGCGACUGAUUUGAAAAAGAAAUUGGACGGUCUUCAAACUAUGUAUGACACUUUGGAAGGUCGUUUUGAUGAGCUCGAGUCUGACAAGAAGCACGCUCUAUCAGAAUCUGAAAAGAAGAUCCGCGUUUCGCAGCAAGAAUUGCAACAAUUCCGAGAUCUCGUGAAUGCAGAAAAAUCCAAGUACAGUAAAGAACUCCGUUACAAUUUCGAAGAACUGGAAAAGGCACGAGAAGAAGUCAAGGCUUUGCAAUCUCAGUUGGUAGCAAUAUCUGCCCGGAAAGAACAACUUGAAAAGGAAAAUGUGUCCGCAACUGCUGAAAAGUCAGCCAAAUCGACUGCCCAACCUUUGCCUCACCCUCCAUCCAUUCCACAACAACAAAAUGUUCCUGAGAAGAGGACUACUCGAGCAGCCACGGCAGCAGGACCUGCUCCUGCACCACCAGUAGCUGCGUACAGGAAACAGAGGAAGGAUGUCAAGACCACAUUUGAUAAACCGAAGGCUUCUACAAGUGCUGGUAAUCAAUCAACUACAAAAUCAGACGAUCUAGAAAUCGACCAAGAGCAGUGUCAUCAACAAUGA